GAAGCGCAGCCGGGACUGUUGGCGAUGAUGGCGGAGAGUCCGGCUGCUGAGGAGGUAGCUUCGGCCGCGGUACUGUCAGCCCCGGCAGGCGGAGGGCCUGGAGCCGGAGCCGGUGGCGGAGGCACGGGCGUCUUCCUACCAGCCGAGCUUUGGGCGGUAGCGGGGUUGGGUUCGGGAGGAGGAGCGGGAGCGGGAGUCGGUUCUGCAGGAGCUCCGGUGCCUGGGAUUCCCCCUGCCGCCGCCGCCGCCGCCGCCGCUGCCGGAGUGCUCCUUUCACAUUCGGCCUUCUGGGACCCCACGACCAGUGGGGAUUGGGACGGGGAGAGACCGAGCGCUGCCUGCCUGCUCCGCAUUAAACGGGAUAUCAUGUCAAUUUAUAAGGAACCACCUCCUGGAAUGUUUGUCGUACCUGACCCACAUGAUAUGACCAAGAUUCAUGCGUUGAUCACAGGCCCCUUUGACACGCCUUACGAAGGGGGUUUCUUCUUGUUCCUGUUUCGCUGUCCUCCAGAUUAUCCUAUCCAUCCGCCGCGGGUCAAACUGAUGACAACUGGGAAUAAUACAGUGAGGUUUAACCCUAACUUCUACCGAAAUGGGAAGGUCUGCCUCAGUAUUCUAGGCACAUGGACUGGUCCAGCUUGGAGUCCUGCACAGAGCAUUUCUUCGGUGCUUAUAUCUAUACAGUCUUUAAUGACUGAGAAUCCCUAUCACAAUGAACCUGGCUUUGAACAGGAAAGGCAUCCAGGAGACAGUAAAAAUUACAAUGAGUGCAUUCGACAUGAAACUAUCCGCAUCGCUGUAUGUGACAUGCUGGAAGGGAAAUGCCCUUGUCCAGAACCUUUACGUGGAGUUAUGGAGAAAUCCUUCAUGGAAUAUUAUGAUUUUUAUGAGGGGGUAUGCAAAGAGAGGCUUCACCUCCAAGGACAGUCCAUACAGGAUCCCUUUGGAGAGAAGCGAGGACACUUUGACUACCAGUCACUUUUAGUACGUUUGCAAGGAAUUCGCCUGAAGGUUCAGGAGAAGCACCAGCAGGAGAAUCCAGAUAUAGACUCAGAAAGCAGCUCUUCCGAAACAGAAACAGACACUCAGGGGAGCGUUAAGAUUUAGAUGCCUCCCACCUGAUCACUUGGGAAUCCAAAACGUGAGGGUGGGAUCUUCCAACUCCAGGUGCUGUGGAGGACCCCAGAGAGACCUAAGAACUGUUUUAGGUUCCAGAGUGAGCACACAAGUGGAAAAAAAA